AUUAGCACAACUUUCACCACUGCUCACAGCUGAGUGGACAAGUUUUUGUGUUCAUCUACCAAUUUCGAAUUGCGAUGUAACUAAACAUUCAAUAACAAUUUAGCAAAAACCAUGGCAAUGAGCUAUCUAAAUGAGAAUGAAGCCCCACGGGACUUCAGAGUGUCUUCCACGGAGAGUGACGGCCACUAUACAAAGUGUGUUUUGUGUUACACGGUCAAGAAAAACUUCUAUUGUGCUGAGUGCGUCAAAAAUGGUAACUUCGUCCAUUCCUCGUUGCCUUACUCGGAUAGAUUUGCAGAGAAACAAAUGAAACUAAUGAGAAUUAAACUGAAUCGGCAGCAUGUUUUGGAAAGAUGUGAAAAGCUAUUAGCUCCAAAACUAAAGAAGGACAUUCUUCUAACAGAAACCAAACAGUCCAGAGACAAGCUAGACUUGCUACGACUGGCCAUAGAGCAGAGAAGAAGUAUAGUUACUGCAAGGAAGUUGGAACUUGCAGAUUUAGUAGCAUAUAAUAAUGAAUUGCGUAUAAAACUGCCGAGGUAUCAGAAAAGAGUGUCAAGCUUGGGGAAACAUGCUCAAGUGCAGAGAAUAGAGCUUCAGAAUAGAAUAACACUGUACAAUGAUCAAACACAGUCACUAGCAGCACUGAGAAGAUCUAGGAUACGACAGCUUGAUAGAUAUAUCUUUCCUAUUUAUAUGAGCUAUGAUUCUAGUGACAGUAUAGAGGACAUGGAGUUCGUGGGCGACGGCGCGGACGAGGAGCCGCCGCAGCGCCCGCAGCUGCACAUCGUGUCGCCAUGGAUCGACAUCGACGCGGACUAUUCGCACAUACAGGCCUGGGAGACGCAAAACAAGGAAACGCCAGUGAGUGCAGUGCCCACGUCAAACCCUGCGCACAGAACCAGCGCGGCUUUGGGGCUCGCCGCGCAGCUCGUCGCACUGCUCGCUUGGACGCUCGACGUGCGCCUCCCGCAUGCUAUUACGUUGAGCGAGUACAGCGACCCCCGCAGCUGGCGCGGCUGCGUGGGACGCCUGCGCGCGGGUGCCGCGGCGCUGUGCGCGCGCGCCGGCGUGCCCCCCGCGCCCGCGCCCGCCGCCCCUCUCGCGCCCCUCGCCGGCCUGCACGCGCUAGCGCUCGCCGCUCGAGCCGACGACCCGGAGCUAGGCAGAGUGGAGGCGUGGUCGAAUCGCUGGGCCACGUAUGAAGCUUGGCAGGAGGCGUGCGGUGUGGAGGAGUUGGACGAACCGGAACCACCAGAACAUUUGCACUGGCCCGAUACUGCACAGAUGGAGGAGCUGAGCAGCACGCCGCCCCCCGCGCCGUCUCUCGUGACGUCAGCGGCCGCCUCCAUCGCCUCCAUGUGGCGCGUGUGGACCAAGUAACCAAUACCUACUUCCCCGGCGCCAACAUUGAAAGCCUUCGAGGCAGCUACAGCACAGUUCACGAUAGUUAUGAAACUUGCAAGCGCGGAUCAAUCAUUGUGGGUACGAUGGGCGCCCACAACCCUAAUAGACUUGUGACCUCAUACUUUCACGGUCGGCUUUAAAUUUGUAAAAAGUUCGUCGAAAUCGGUUUAGUGGUAGGGAGUCCUUAUGCGAUGUGCAAGCAAAGACACAUUUAGGUACUUAUGUAAUUUUUGUGAGUGAAACAAUUAACAUUUUACAAGUUAAUUAAUUUACUAUAAGUGUUCGUUCCAUGGCUUUGCCCACGUGGAACUAUACACCGUACAAAAUCUUGGUCAGGGCGUCAUAUAUAUUGUAAACAUCUUUGUAGGAAUGUCCUAUGUCAAUAAUCGCACUUGGUUGAUUUUUGGGUGACUGUUCCUACAACCUUUUUUGAGGUCUGGAUCCGCGCCUGGAAACUUGUAACAAAACCUCGAAGCUUCACUUACACUGGCAGGCGUCAAAUAUAGGCCAUGAAAUGGCCAGGUAUCUGAAAUGGGCCAUAAUAUUUUUUAAUCUUUGAUUUCACGUCACCCCUAGCGCUCAAGUAGUAUUUGACGGAUGUCGAUUCAGGAUCAAACCGAGAGUUUCCUCACUCUAGUUCACUCUAGCUAAAGUGUGACGAUUGCAAUCAUUUCUAAACUGGUCAGUUGAGUUGUAUUUUACACAAAUUGGAAAAUCAAAAAAUUUGUAAAUGUUACUUUUAAAGAUUUUUUUGAAAAUAGUCUAAUUUCCAAUUUUAAAAUUAUAUUUUAACGAUUUACUUUUUUUAUCUGUUCUACAAAUAUUCGAAACGCACGAAACUGUAGCCGCCAUGAAGAAAUCCGAGUGUGACGUCACAUAGAUUGUAGUUGUAAUGUAUUUCACUAAGAAAAUGACGUCAUGACAGCUAAUGAACCUAGUCAAAAUGGCGGCAAGCGUUUUUGCGGGAAAAUUUGAAAUAAAAAAUUUAAGUGCAUUUUUACUGCACUGCAACAGUGAGGAAAGGCCUUGUGGCGUCUGUGUCUGUUGCCAAGUACAACCUAAAUACUUUCAAGACAAGAGUGAAUAGGCAUCUUCUAGGCAGCUCUAACUGAAUGACGCACAAUUUGACAGUCCUCGUGUGAAGACGAAGAGGUGUCAAAUGUGACGUCACAAACCUCUUCAUAGUUAAAAUUUCAAUAAAUCGUAGGGCCUUACAGCCGAAAUGUGUGCCAUUCUACUGGCCGAUAAUAGUAACUCAUGUCCGGUUCGAAGGACCAAAAAUUCAUUAACUAACACUGAAAAAUAAAACGUACUAUGUAAAUCCAUGACACUUGUAAAAUAAAAUUACUUGUGAACAAAAACUUCCGUUAAAGGGUGUUGAAUGUUUUAGUAUGUCUACCUGUCUAGUGUCUACAUGUCCGCCAUUUUUUUUUUUUUCAGAAUGGCGGCUACAUAUAAAAUCAAUAUUAAUUUAAUAACUGGUAUCAACACUAAUAAGUAUUGUAUGAGACAAAAAGUGUCACCUCUCCUAGAUAUUAUAAAUUAUCAAAGUUGUACCUACUGGUGGCUAGUCUGUUGUACUGAUGAUGCAGUACAACUUUGAUAGCUUAUAUCUUGAAAAACCUGGCAACACUUUGAAAGAUUCAUGUUACUUAUUUGUAUUGAUGUCAGCUAUUGUUUCAUAUAGGUUUUAUGUGUGACCGCUAUUUUGGAAAAAAAGAAAAAUUAAAAAAAAAAAAAUUAAAAAAAGAAAAAUGGCGGACUACAAGGCAAGCCAAAAUCUUCAAAGUCCUUUCAAAAUGGUACCUAAUUUACUUUUAUUUGAAUUUCAAUGUAAGGUGCUUAACAUUUUUUUGAGUUGUUAAAUUCUAUCGUUUUCAAGUAAUUUUAUUCCUUCCCACAAUAUAUAACUCGUAAUAUAGUUUCAAAUCAUUCCCAGUAAUGAAAAGUACAGUUGUUUGUUGAGAGAUGAAUUGAUCUUGUGCUGUUAUAAAAUUUUAUGUAAAUAUGUACCUAUCUGGGUAAUAAAAUAGUAUUUUAUAUAA